CCACCUACUCCUCCUCCUCCACCGCCGCCGCCAGUAUAUCUGCCUCCUUCGCCACGUCCACCGCCUCCUCCUCCUCCGCCGGCACCUCCUCAACCUCCUCCAUCACCACCCCCUCCCUCUCCUCCUUCACCGCCACCAGGUCCGACAUAUCUUCCACCAUCUACAUCAUCGCCAUCACAAUCACCUCCAAACUACAAUUAUCCAAACACCCUUACCAUUACGACACCUUCACCCUCCAGAAUUUCGACACCAGCCCCCACUUAUUUACCACCCAGAGGAAUGUCAAUAACUGCACCACCCAGUUAUUCAAGUUCUUCCGCAUCCACAGGAUCAAGCUAUUCAUAUUCGAGCCCAACUCCUACACCUACCGAACCUACAACAGCAGCCUACAACUACCCAAGUCCCACAGGCGCAAUCUCAUCUUCUCCAACUAGUUACAAUUCUCCGAGUCCUACAUUUUCCACAACAGCACCUUCUUUUCCAGGUCCAACAUAUUUGCCUCCAGCAAUUCCUUCUCAGUCCUAUUCCCCUUUGUUACCUUCUUCACCUCCAGCAAUAACGCCACAGCAAACUCGUCUACCAACUGCAACAUCGCAACGUCCGCGAGUUCGACCAGCACCGCAACCGCAAAGCAGAAGAUACCUACCGCCACAAGGCUAAGCAACCAUACCGAUGAUAUUCAUCUUCAUCUUAACCACUUAAAAGAAUGCCCAGUUCAUAGUUAACGGACUUCGGCUUCCUGCCUAGUAUACCACUAGAUUUCUCCAGAAUCAUAAAGAAGCACCUUACAAUUACGUUGUAAAUCCUGACAUCACUCAUGACAUGUGUAUCACCUAGAACCGUAGAAAAGAUGCUGGAAAUGUGGAUACUAUACCUGCAGUUUGCUUAACUAAUAUACAGUCAUAACGGCAAACCAGGGAGGUAACAGUGAGACAAAUUUUGUAGAGGAAAUUCAAUUUAUUAUAAAUACACGUUCCAGUGUGAAACUCACACCAUACCAUUUGUACGAUAUCGGCUAUUGUGAC